GGCCCUUCUCGCUCCCGGCCCGGGCCGCGCCCCCCCGCCCCGUCCCCCGGCCCUUCUGCCCCUCGUGCAGCCCCAGGAGAGCCCGCGGAGCCGCCCCCCGGCCUCCCCCUCCCGCCCGUGCCGCCGCAGCGGGUUCCCUCCCUCCGUCGUUCUCCUCCUCCUCCCCCCCUGCUGCUGCCGCCGGCGGCUGCGGGAUCCGAGCGGGGAGCGCUGGGCCCCGGCAGGAGGGGAGCGGAGCGGCGGGAGGAGCAGCAGCGCCAGCAGCAGAAAUGAUGGAAGAAUUGCAUAGCCUGGACCCACGAAGGCAGGAACUACUGGAGGCCAGGUUCACUGGAGUUGGGGUUGCUAAGGUUGGUGCUUCAAAUUCCCUCCCUACCCCCCCAAGUCUCCGUCCGUCAUGCUCCGCACUGACAUUGGGUCCAUUAAAUAAUGAGUCUUCCAACCAGAGCUUGUGCAGCGUGGGUUCUCUGAGUGAUAAAGAAUUGGAGACUCCCGAGAAAAAACAGAAUGACCAGCGGAAUAGAAAAAGGAAAGCAGAAGCAUAUGAGACCAGUCAAGGAAAAGGCACUCCUAGAGGACAUAAAAUUAGUGAUUAUUUUGAGUUUGCUGGGGGAAGUGGCCCAGGAACCAGUCCCGGUAGAAGCGUGCCGCCUGUUGCCAGAUCAUCACCACAGCAUUCCUUAUCCAAUCCCUUGCCGCGGCGAGUGGAGCAGCCGCUGUAUGGGGUAGACGGCAGCACAGCAAAGGAACCGCAGGAGGAACACUCUGCUCUGCCAACGCUGAUGUCUGUGAUGCUGGCGAAACAGCGGCUAGAGAAUGAGCAGCUGGCACAGAGGGGAGGUGGCCUCUGUUUUACUUUUGUCUCGGCCCAGCAAGGCAGCCCAUCUUCUACCGGAUCAGGGAACACUGAGCAUUCCUGCACUUCCCAAAAACAGAUUUCCAUCCAGCACAAGCAGUCACAGUCUGACCUCACAAUGGAAAAAAUAUCUGCACUAGAAAACAGUAAGAACUCUGACUUGGAGAAGAAGGAGGGGAGAAUAGAUGACUUAUUAAGAGCCAACUGCGACUUGAGAAGGCAGAUAGAUGAACAGCAAAAGAUGCUGGAGAAGUACAAGGAGCGGUUGAAUAGAUGCGUAACAAUGAGCAAGAAGCUUCUUAUAGAAAAGUCAAAACAGGAGAAGAUGGCGUGCAGAGAUAAGAGCAUGCAGGAUCGAUUGAGGCUAGGUCAUUUCACCACGGUUCGGCACGGGGCAUCUUUCACUGAGCAGUGGACAGAUGGCUAUGCCUUCCAGAACCUCAUCAAACAACAGGAAAGGAUAAAUUCUCAGCGGGAAGAAAUAGAAAGACAACGAAAAAUGUUAGCAAAACGGAAGCCACCUGCGAUGGGACAGACCCCUCCAGCAAGCAAUGAGCAGAAGCAGCGCAAGAACAAGACUAAUGGAGCAGAAAAUGAAACGUUAACGUUAGCAGAAUACCACGAACAGGAAGAAAUCUUCAAACUCCGACUAGGUCACCUUAAAAAGGAAGAAGCAGAGAUCCAGGCAGAGUUGGAACGGCUAGAGAGGGUUAGGAAUCUACAUAUCAGGGAAUUGAAAAGGAUACACAAUGAAGAUAAUUCACAAUUUAAAGACCACCCAACACUAAAUGAUAGGUAUUUGUUGCUACAUCUUCUGGGUAGAGGUGGCUUCAGUGAAGUAUAUAAGGCAUUUGAUUUAACAGAACAGAGAUAUGUAGCUGUGAAAAUACACCAGUUAAAUAAAAACUGGAGAGAUGAAAAGAAAGAGAACUAUCACAAACAUGCGUGUAGAGAGUACAGAAUUCACAAAGAACUGGAUCAUCCUCGAAUAGUUAAGCUAUAUGACUACUUUUCGCUGGAUACCGACUCGUUUUGUACAGUGUUAGAAUACUGUGAGGGAAAUGAUCUGGACUUCUACCUGAAACAGCACAAGUUAAUGUCGGAGAAGGAGGCGCGAUCCAUUAUCAUGCAGAUUGUGAAUGCUUUAAAAUACUUAAAUGAAAUCAAACCUCCCAUCAUACACUAUGACCUUAAACCAGGUAACAUUCUUCUAGUCAAUGGUACUGCAUGUGGAGAGAUAAAAAUCACAGAUUUUGGACUUUCCAAAAUCAUGGAUGAUGACAGCUACAACUCUGUUGAUGGCAUGGAACUGACAUCGCAGGGGGCUGGUACUUACUGGUAUUUGCCACCAGAAUGUUUUGUGGUUGGGAAAGAACCUCCAAAGAUUUCAAAUAAAGUUGAUGUCUGGUCAGUGGGAGUCAUCUUCUAUCAGUGUCUCUAUGGCAGAAAGCCCUUCGGUCAUAACCAGUCGCAACAAGAUAUUCUGCAAGAGAACACAAUUCUGAAAGCUACCGAGGUGCAGUUCCCUCCAAAGCCAGUAGUCACGCCAGAAGCAAAGGCAUUUAUCAGACGUUGCUUGGCCUACCGAAAGGAGGAUCGGAUAGAUGUCCAGCAGCUGGCCUGUGACCCGUACUUGCUGCCUCACAUCCGCAAAUCUGUAUCCACAAGCAGCCCAGCUGGCGCUGCGGUUGCAUCGACCUCUGGAUCAUCCAAUAACAGCUCUUCAAACUGAGACAGAGUAAUAGGCCAAAAACUGCUUGAGAAACCGGCAAAAAGACUUUCAGAAACAACUUUGGAAUAAAGGAAUCAGCAAGGGUCUCAUGAAACCUGUACCAGGUGCUUUUUUUUCUUGCUUUUUUCCAUCCAUAGAGCAUGACAACAUCAACUCUCAUCAAGAAAACCGUCGGCAUCUAGGCCAAGCCAUGCGGAUAGGAGAUGGCUUGAGGUUUAUCCGGUAAAUGACCACAAAAGGGUGGCUGCUCUGAGCAAGGAGGGGAAACUCAAGAAAAUACAAAAAGACGUGGUUCCAUGUACUGUGAACUUCUGAACAUGCAGCCUUGGGGAAUCCAGGACGCCGUGUGUGCUUCAUAUGAAGAAUGUGGACUUUGGAAAAAGACUGGGCUAGUCCAGUGUUGAUAUUUAAACAUUGUUCUUUUUCUUUUAAUAAAGUUUAGGUAACAUCUCCUGAAAAGCUCGAAGCGCCAAGGUUCAGCUGGGGAUGGUAUAUGACUCUUUGCCCUUUGGAGGGGAAAAAAGUUGAUCCUGCCUGUUCAUGGCACUAGAGUUAGUGUUUUACCCCUAAUUAAUUUCAGUUUUUUAAAAAUAACAAUUUUUUGGAAGAAAAUCGUUUUCUGGUCUCAAAGUGAAACCCGUAUUAGCAGGUUCAUGGCAGUGUCCAUUCUGUGGAUGGUGCAGCUUUCUGCUCCCUUGGAAUGGCCUCUUACGAAUAAUUCACCUUCUCAGGAGGGCGGCGAAGCCCAUGGGAGAACAGGCCUGCGUAGAUCUCCUGCGGUCGGAGUGGAUCACAGCUCAGACUGCCACGAGGUUUUCAGCUGCUCCUUCAGAGCUGUCGCAACGGUUGCACCUUUAUAAUGUAUUUGAAGUGCUGUUCUUUUUGAAAACACACCCUGACGUGUUCACGACGUGCUCUCUGCUCGCGUGAGCCUGAUACCUGUUGACUGUUGAUAAGGCAGGCAGCGAACAGGAAAGAAUCAGAGCGCAGCUCAGAUCAUCGCAGGUGUGAUCUGUGCUCGGGCAGUAUUCUACGUAUCUUGUUCGUGUUAUAAAAACCUGAAGGUGAAGACUUGUCUGCUCUUCUCGGUUAAGUGACUUGGCAGCAAAGCUUCCCCUCUCCCUUAACACUUCCCUUUUAAAACUUGCUGACUUUCCUAACUUGCUGCCAUCACUGCAUCCGAUUUCACAUGAGAGGGAGUGAGAUAAUGUUCUAGAAGGGAGCAAACACCCUGUUAUUUUUUGUCUCCCUUCUGUAAUCUGCCUGGAGGGGUCUCGCCCGUUCGGCUGGAGCCUCUUGUCCCCACUCUGCCCCUUUUCCCCUCUCGUUCAGGGAAAACUGAAAACACACACAAAAAGCACAGCACUUGAACAUGUGGCAGCCAGGUUGGAGUGCUCCUAACAUGUGGCAGGACUUCAUAGCCAGAAAUAUUUAAAGAUGCAGUGUUCAAGGGCAAAGUUUGUCUCGGGAGGGAGCUGAGCGAUGCACUACUGCACUUCAGGGUGGUGGUUAAAGAACGAAUCACCCUGUGCACGCUUCUGAACCCAAUACCCAGACCGCCAUGGUGUGGACUGUCCUCUCUGCAGCACCUCCAGGAUUGUUCCCACAGCUCCGGCAGCAUGUGGGCUGUUUGGGGUGCUCGGUACCCGAACGGCUUUCUCAGAGCUAGCGAUGUUCUCCGUCACGUGCUUUUGGAGAGAACUACCACUUGUCUGCCUUAUUUGUAAGCCAUCAUCUGCAAAUAUUAACACUUUAAACCUGACUAGGAAUUUGUGGUCAACUGAAAAAUGGAGGAGUUUGAAAUUAAGCAAUGGACCUGAGAAGUGGAGAACUCCGCUGCUUUGAUUUUUAUUACUAUUUUUAUAGUGACUCUUGGGCUUUUAAUUGGGUUUAUUCACUUGCAGCUGCAUUAAGGUGGUCUCUAAACUGUAGUGUUUUAAACACAGAAAAGAAAUACUGCAUCUUUAAAUCCUCAGCCAUAAUUUCGUAGCCCUUUCCAUCCCUGCUGCUCUAUUCCAGCAGUUAGCUGUUUAGCAAGCAGCACUUCGACUUGUCUAUUCGGCCUUUGUCAGGCAAAAUCAGGGUUGAUGCUUCAUCUCGUUUGCUGAAACUGAUGACUUGGUGUCUGUCCACAUCAGGGAGAAUUCUAAAAGGGUUUUUUCUAUCCUGGUCCCGUUGUUUCUUGGACAUACAGUGUGCGCUAUCUCUGUGGGUGUGAUUAGUUUUGUGUCAAAUGCAUUUAUUCCUGCUGUGCGACACCCAUCCAGGGGCCUGGAGACAGUGUUGGCCUUUCUCGGGGCUGACAGAGAAGAACCCUGGUAGAAUUCUGGCUGUGACACCUUCCUUGUUAAUAUGGGUUUCACUUCCAAUAACGGACCCUAUUGCCACACUGUUCAUUUACUUAAAGAAAAGCGUAUGAAGAAUUUGUAACUUAAACCAGGCCAGGCUGUUUUGGCUCUACCCAACAGAUGAGACAUGGAUAUUAAAAUAAGUUUUAAG